CAGAGGAGAGCACAGAAACAAACAUUGGCCUUGAGUCUGACAGUAAACAAAGAUUGGAUUUGGGUUGAUAAAAAGCUUGACACUGUGAGGAAAAGUCUGCAGUGCCAGCUGAUGUGAGAGGCUGUUGGUUUGGGCAGUUGUGGCCCCGCAGCUGGCUGAGCCAUGGGAAACGAGAGCAGCACAACUGAGGCGUUGGUAAGGCCAGAAGAGGGCGCUGCGGAAAAUGUUGUUCUGUUUCAACCUCAGGAAAAUCAAAAUGACUCCCGACAGCCGGAAGCUAAGAGUUUGACCAAGAGAGAGGACAAAGGUCUUCUGACUGUAUCCUCCAGCAGCCAGCAGAGUCUGCUAUCCCUACCAGACGUCCCAGUGAUCAGCGGGGUGGAGGAGAGCAGGAGUUCAGCUGAAGAUGAGGACGAGCUGGAGUUUCCUCAUGACCUGCUGCCCAGUCUAGACUUCAGCAGUGAGCUCAACAUCUGGGAGUCCUCUCUGGGAGCUCAGACUAGCUCAGCAGAGGGGAAAUGUGAGCAGGUGAACCCCCUGCUGGUGGGCCUGCAGCAGCACCACGAAGUCAGUCUAGAUAAAAGGCCUCAUGACAGCGACCCAGUUCUCACAGAUGUCCAGCCUUCACCUCGGCCCUCUGCCACACCUCACCCGGAUGUCCGACCCCUGACCCCUCCCCUCUCCAUGCUCCUUGAUCGGGAACUCCAAGAGGCCUUCCAGGAAUGUGAAGAACAAAUGGCCUCACUGAGCACACUCAGUCCCUCAGGGCCCCCGGGCACCAAACCUGAGACUGUUCAUAAUGAAGGGAAGAAAACUGGAGAAGUGAUGGUUAAAAAAUCCAAUGAGUCAUCGUCACUGCCUCCACUCGUAGUCCAGCCAGGACAUAGCAACGGGGGCCAUGGAAACAAGAGUACACACGGAAACAGUGAGGCAGCAAACAGUCGGACGAAUACAGUUGUGUUUAGUUUCAGGGAUUACAUACUGGGCAAUGAGAAAAGUGCUGGGGCAGCAGAGACGGAGAGUGAAAUAAAAACAACACAGAGACUGGAGAAGUGUUCAGAUUUGAAGACAGAAACAGAGAUAGAUGAGCAAAAGGGAACACCCACGCAUACACAAUUAGAAACCACAGAUUUAUUGAAAGAAACCCAAAAAGAUGUCACUGAGCAGAGAGGCGAUUUUAGAGACAAACAUGUUGAUUCCAAUGCAGCCGUUGAGAAAAAGAGCACUGUCGAUUGUAGUAUAGAAAUAGGGGACAAAUGCAAGGAGGCAAUAACAGAUAUUGUAGACAUUAAGAAAGAAAAGUGGAAUGAAUCCAGUAUUAACGACACACCAGAGUGCAGUGAUGUUCGUUUAAAAGAUAAACACACAUUAUCAGAGAGGCAGCCAGAGACACAGACAGGAGCAACAAAUCUAAGUCAGGAGGAUCAGGAGUCAAAAACAGACAACUCUCCAUGUGACAAACAGACCGAGCUGAACAAAAAGGCAAAGAAGAAAGAAAAAAAGAAACAAAGGAAAAAGAAAAAAAUAGAAGAGAAGAACACAGAGACUGGCCAGAAAGCAAAGGCAGUAGAAAAACCUGAAAACAAUUCAGAGCCUGUAUCUCUCACAAAUGUGGACACUCACACAGAAUCAACAGAAUCAAUGUCCCAGGCAGACGCUCUGAGUUUGAUUUGCGGGGAGCAGCCGGAUUGUGGGUGUGACUUCAAGAGACAGCUGAGUCCUAGGGGAAAGCCCUGCCCCAGCCCCCCACCAUCAUCCUCUCAUAGCAGCCACGAUCAUCUUUCUGACCUGGGGUGUUCACCUGCAUCCAACCAGGCUCUUUCUCAGAGGCCUCUUCAAUCAGAAAACCACAAACAUGCAGACGCCCCAUGUGAUAUUAAUCACUGCUCAGUAGCAAGCCCACAGCGGAUGCAACAUGCAACCGGAGCCGUCAUCGACAAACCAGAUAUACCCAUGACACAUGUCCGAACUACAGUUAUCAAUCCAGCUGCCGAUAAGAGAUCAGGUGCAGUUUCCUCAGAGGCAGGGAUACUCGCAUACGAGAAUCAGAGUCCAUUCUCCAACAGGCAAUUUUGUGUGGGAGAGAGCAGUGUGGAGAGUGCCCUUGAAGAGGCUUUAGUGGUGGUUGCUGCGUUGCCACUGGCAACACCCACGAUGCCAGAAGUGAUAGAAAGCAAGAGAGAGCGAGAACAUGAUUCACUGAAAAGAGUAUCCACUGUAGCGAUCGCAGAGAGUGAGAAGGCAGUGGGAGAGAAAGGUUUGGAAGACAUAGAAAAGUGCUUCUUCCCUUCAGACGGAGAGGAAAAGGGACUCCCGGACAGCCUUGCAUUAAUCUGUUCACAGGGAAAAGGUUCCCUUGCAUUCUCCGCCAAAGAGGGACAAGCUGUAUCUGAGGAAAGCUGUAGCAGCAAAAUGCCACACAACUCAGCUGAGGCUGAAACAAAGGGACAGAGAGAGACGGCUGUUCGCAGUGCAGACAUCUCACCGGCUGAAGAGGGAGACAUAGAAAAGGAGCAUCACCAUUUAGAAGCCUUUGUCAUUACUUCUCCCUUGAGGAUACUCAGUGGUCCGGAUUGUCAGGCGCACAGAGCUGCAGGAUUGGUGGGAGGAGGGGAGGAGGUGGGGGAGGAGGUGGGAGAGAAAGGAGGGCUGGCUAUAGAGCACAGUUCAUUCAGCCAGCCAGAGAGCUCUGCCGGUGGGGUGUCAUCAUCUGAGGCUGAGGCGUGUCCGCUCACCAAUGUUGCCGAGUCACAGCUAAAGUCACACGGCUGGAGGGAGCCGAUUGCUUCCAUCUCUGAAGGCGUCUUCACCGAACAGGACCGUCUCCCUCCCCCCGGACACCAGCAGCAGGAUGGUGCACUAAUUUCAUCUAACCGGCAACAAAGCAGCAAUGAAAACAGAGGGGUAAGGGCUGAUCUCACACAGGACUCAUCCAUCACAGAGACGGAGAGAAACUGCAGCCAAUUCUUCCCGUCUUCCAUCUCACCCCAGCCUCUGACUACUAAACAUCAAAUCACAGCCGAGCGACAAGCGAGCAACGAUCAACAGGUCCAGCCUGAAAGUAGCACAGAAGAAACUUUCCAAGCACAGACCCCGAAUAAUAUUAACGCUAUGUCGGGAGUGCGUGUGUCCUUAUGUGAAGGCAAUAAAGGCAACAACAGAGUCCGCUUUGCAGACACUGUGAAACAAGAAGGCAGUUCCUCUGUGAAUCUCAGGAGCAUGGCUUUGUCGCCUAUGGACUGCGCCUCUUUGCCCCCGCUGACUGUUCAUGAGAGUUUGUACCAUCCCGUGGUUGAGGCCAGCUACAUCUUCCCAGAAUUCCUGGUUUUGAAGAAGCCAGAAAUUCCAACAAAUGCAACUCCUGCCAAGGACGAUCUUGCAAAAGUGAGCCCGUCCGACUUUCCAAAGCCACAGAAAGAUGUACAGUCGGAUAAAGGGCAGAUGGGGAUAAAAGUAAACAAGGAGACCAUUAACAGCAACUUCGAGACAAACACAACGGAUUCAAAGUCUGAGGCUUGCUCAAAACAACCUUUAUGUCCGACCGAGAAGAAUGGUGACCUUUCACAUGCAGCAGAAAAUGCCUUCCCUGAGGCCGAUCAUCAUAAAGCUGAGCUGGUGUCAGCAAAUGUGACAAAGCAAUUAGAGGCGGAAACACGCAAGGGUGCCUUAAAUCUGUGUUUAUCAGCUGAGAAAGAAACAGACAAGCUACAUGCUGAGUCUAAAAACUCAGUUACGACUGUCCCGCCUCAGGAGUCACCUUUACUAAGUGAUGAAGGUAACCAACAUCCUCUUAUCUCAUGUUCUGUGCGUCCAGCUGAUGAUGUCACCUCUGAGCUUCUUGUUGGGCAGCUCUCUGCAGACCCUGACCCCUAUCUUCAGACACAGCCUAGUCACCUCAGUUAUCAGCCUCCCAUCCAAUUAGAUCAAACCCCUCCUCGUGGACUACUCACUACUGAUCCCAUUGAGGCCACUGAGGGGUCCAUUAUCCCCUCUGCUGUUCAGACAAAGACUGAAUCAGCAGCUUCAGUAGUGACAGCCUCUGACCAGUCAAUUCCUGUUAUCGAGCAAUGUGUCGGUAACUCUUUUGUGCUGCGGCCCCGUGGCCCUUUGUUGAGUCACUUGGAGUUAAUUUCUGACUGUGAUAUCUCUCUUCCUGAGCAGACAGAUAACAGCGGCGCUUACGGUGACAGCGCCAAAGUCUCUGGAGAGGAAGAUGGCAACAAGAGCAGGGAAAUAACUAAACUGUCUGUUGCAAAGGAUCUGGAGCAUAAUGAUGUCGGUGUUAAAGUAGACGGGGUUUGUCCGAAGCUGGAGGAUAAAAAUCACAUUAUGGAGUCUGCAAUUAUAAAUGUAAAUAUUCCAUUUUCACAAGAAAACAAUGUGUCUCCUCUUCAGCCUCCUGGUGCAGUGGGUGUGCUGGCAAAGGAUGGGUCUGAUAAUGUCAUUUCUCAAUCCCACACUGAGCCAAUUGGCAUUAAACCUGUUAUUUGUGAAGCAUCUAUUAAGGAUGACCUCAUUUAUGUCAGCUCUGACCUGCCUACCAACAAGGCUUGCGAUAAAAUUAAACAAGAAGACAUGAAAGAGAAAAUGGGAGAUCAGACCUCCAUGCUGUUUGCAGAGGAAAAGAAAAAAACUGAAGAGGCAACAAUGGAUAAUCAAAAGGAAACAGCAGACAGGAGCACAGUGCAGAUAGGAGAGAGAGGCACAGCACUGCAACAGGGUAAUGGGCCAGAUACAGAAGCUGUGGAAGAAAUUCGAGACCUGCAGCCACCGCAUAAACAUAAAAUACAAAAGACUGAAUCGCUAAUAGGGGAUAUAAAGGAGGAAGGAGAAGGGAAGAGCCAGACUUCCUCCUUAUCUCCCAACAGACCUGUGGGGUCAUCUGCAGACAGAUUAAGUGCUGAGGUAGAGUUUGGUAGUGAACCUCAGACUGUUUAUGAGCAGAGUUUGCUCCAAACUCCGACAGCAACACCGGAACACAGCUCUGACAGGGACAAGGCACCUGACCAAUCGCAGUCCACACUGGAGCUAAACAGUUUUGCUCAGCAACAGCAGCGGCUUCUCGGAUCCAGACAUCCCACAGAGGAUUUGUCAGGUAGCUGUCUAAAGGGGGGAGAACAGACUAACAGUAAGGCCAGGCAGACACUAGCGAUGGCUCCCGGGGUGAGAGAGGGAGCAGAGGGAGGACACGGCUCUGUUGUGAGUUUGUGUCAGUCAGGAAGAGGGGAUGAGUUGACAGAGGAUGACAGCAGUGGCAAUGAACGUGGGAUAGGUUUGGAGAAAGGAAAGGGGGAGGGUGCAGUAGAGGUUGACAGCGUUUAUGUGCCAUCUCACCUAGCCAGUGAUGUAAAUGAGAGUGGAAAGGCUGCUCAGAGAAAUGCGUUGACUGACACCACAGCUCUCUCUCAUAUAGGUGAGACGAGACAGGGGAUGGAUGAGAAUAAAAGCCCUGCGUUAGAGGUACUUGGGUCGGGUACAGACACUGAGGUUGUGAGGGAUCUUUAUGGUGAAGGUCAGCAGAAAAGCAAUCUAUCAGCUGCCUGUCAAGACCAACAUGAAAAACCAGAGACUUCAAAGGACAAUGCUGUAUCUGUUGAGUCUUCAUCACAGGAACAUGAGACUGCACCUUUCCAAAUCUGUGUUCCAUCAAAGGUCAGCACAGACAGUCAAUGCAUUCACACAACAGUUGUUCCCAGCGCGAGCAACGCUGAAGAAAUUCAUACAAUAAUAUCCAGUACUAUGGUUGUGCAACCAGAAAGUGUGGGAAAUGAUUUUAGCCCUGUCCUGGCUGUAAAAAUCCACAGUAGUGAAACGGAGGAGUGUGAAAUUCAGGAUACUGUGUGCAAGCCUCUCGAGCUACAGAGUUCCAUAAAAACAUCAGCCAUACAAAGCAGCUCGGUAGUACAAACAGGCCCUGAUGUAGAGGAGAUCACAAAGGAAGAUGAAGCAGCUUUGGACGAAGAGAAAGUUAACAGCCAGGGAAAGGGACAAAGUGAGAUCAAAGCGAGGAACAAUGAGGCAGUGAAAGAACACGAGGUCAUAAAUCAAACUGGAAUUGCUAAAGGCAGUGGCUCAAUCGGUGUUUCUAAGACAACAGAAAAGGGUAUAACAGAUACAAAUACUCCUGGAGAUAUCACAGCUUCAUCUGUUGUUUCGUCAAAGAGCCCGGAAGCAUCAACAGUCACCCAGUCAGAGAAGCCUCGUGAUCAGGUGUCAAAGCCCGGAGAUCAUACUGCGGUAAACCCCAUUGUUGCUGCUCCCCACUGUGAAGGAGAAACACUUGUUGAACUUGUGUGUUCGAGCGCAGAGGCUGCAGAGGUUUCAGAGAGACAACCAGAAACAAACUGGAUACAAGCUCUAAAAGAAGCUGCAUCCCAUACUCAGAGUAAACAAGAGACCUUAAGACCCUUCUCAUCUCUGGAGUCUCCACAACUAGAGUUUCUAACACCAGCUGAAGAGAUAGCUGCUCCUCCGAAAGAGGACGAGAUCCCACCACCGGCUCAAGCUGUGGAGAAGACAACUGAGAUCCCCCCUCUGAACCUUGAGAAGAAGCCAGUGGAUCUUCCUGAACCUUUAAAGAAGCCAGUGGAUCUUCCUGAACCUUUCAAGAAGCUAGUGGAUCUUCCUGAACCUUUCAAGAAGCCAGUGGAUCUUCCUGAACCUUUCAAGAAGCCAGUGGAUCUUCCUGCACAUUUAAAGAAGCCAGUGGAUCUUCCUGCACCUUUAAAGAAGCCAGUGGAUCUUCCUGAACCUUUAAAGAAGCCAGUGGAUCUUCCUGAACCUUUCAAGAAGCCAGUGGAUCUUCCUGAACCUUUAAAGAAGCCAGUGGAUCUUCCUGCACCUUUAAAGAAGCCAGUGGAUCUUCCUGAACCUUUAAAGAAGCCAGUGGAUCUUCCUGAACCUUUAAAGAAGCCAGUGGAUCUUCCUGAACCUUUAAAGAAGCCAGUGGAUCGUCCUGAACCUUUAAAGAAGCCAGUGGAUCUUCCUGAACCUUUCAAGAAGCCAGUGGAUCUUCCUGCACCUUUAAAGAAGCCAGUGGAUCUUCCUGAACCUUUAAAGAAGCUAGUGGAUCUUCCUGAACCUUUCAAGAAGCCAGUGGAUCUUCCUGAACCUUUAAAGAAGCCAGUGGAUCUUCCUGAACCUUUAAAGAAGCCAGUGGAUCGUCCUGAACCUUUAAAGAAGCCAGUGGAUCUUCCUGAACCUUUCAAGAAGCCAGUGGAUCUUCCUGAACCUUUAAAGAAGCCAGUGGAUCUUCCCGAACCUUUAAAGAAGCCAGUGGAUCUUCCCGAACCUUUCAAGAAGCCAGUGGAUCUUCCCGAACCUUUCAAGAAGCCAGUAGAGCUCCCAGAACCAAUACAGGGUACAAAAGUAGAGCUCCCAGAACCAAUACAGGGUACAAAAGUAGAGGUCCCAGAACCAAUACAGGGUACAAAAGUAGAGCUCCAACAAGAUGCAAAGAAAGUAGAGCUCUCAGAAGAAACGAGGAAAGUAGAGCUCUCAGAAGAAACGAGGAAAGUAGAGCUCUCAGAACCAACCAAGAAAGAGGAAGAGCCUCCAAAAGAGCUCCCUGAGCCUAAAAGUGAGCCAGUUACUUCAGAAAUAGCUAAGGAGCCAGCUGAACUUGAAGAACCAAUAAAGCCCAUAGAAGAGCUGCCAAAGCCAACGAAAUAUGAGGACCCAGAACCAACAAAGACUGCAACGGAGCCACCAAAACCAGAAGAGAAGCUGAUCACUGAGCUGCCAGCAGAGGAGCUAGUGGAAGAUCCGGCCGAGAUCCUACCUGAGGAGCCAAUAAAAGUGCCAGCUGAAGAAACAACAGCCACAGAGACCGUCCAGGAUCCUGCUGAGGAGCCGCAGGACAGUGGGUCCUCCCUCACUGAGCAGGCAGAGAGAGGUGACCGUGCCCCUGCGUCUCCCCAACCUCCUGCAUCCGAAAACCACUUCCUGCCCGCCCUCCCUCGUCACCUCCAAGACACCACAGAGUUCCCCACUCCUCCUGCCACACCCCCGGAGAGACACUCACCUGAAGGAACCCCACCUGCUUCUCCCUGUUUUCCUCCCCCUCCUCCUCCAGCCCUUGCCUCCCCUCCUGUAGCUCCUGUUUCCCAGAGUGAGGACCCUUGCCCUGCCUCUGAACCCUGCCACCCUCCUUUAAGGAGUUCAGACUCUGAUGGAGCAUUUGAGACCCCUGAAGCCACAACUCCAGUGAAGACUGUUCAUCCUAUAGAUCCCCAAACCCAGCAAACAUCCAAUGACAAAGUAGCAGACUCCUCAGUCAGUGAUCCUGCCUCUGAGUUGCCCUCAGCUGAUGCAACAUGCCAUUCCCCGUGUAUUGUUUUUGAUGAGGACCGGCCCAUUGCAGCCAGUGGCCAAUACAACAUUGAGGUUUCUGCUCUUACCCGUUCACUCAGCCUCCAGGGAGGAGAACUAGACACUGCUGGUCUGUCGGACGGAUCAUCGGUGGAAGGUUUCCGUCUACAUUCUGAAUCCUUUAGCGUAGGUACCGAGAGCGCACCAGGGACGCUCCGCAGGCCCAAGAAAGUCCGUUCUGGGUCUUUGAAGAAGAAGCCUCUUCUCAGGCAGAACUCCAACCCAGAGAGUCCGAGGCCAGCCUCAUCCAGCAGCACCCCGGAGAUCAAGAACCGGGCAACACCUCGUACUGCCAGCCCUCUCCAGCCUCAGGAGGAAGCAGAGGGAGGGUCUGCAACCCCGAGCCCCGGAGGAACCCUCCGCAGAACCAGGAAGAACCGUGUGGAGACUCCACCUCCUCUGCCGGAGGAGACCAAUCAUACGAGCCAAGAGGAGAGCCUUAUUAUCCCUGCCUUACCUUUGUGCCAGGAGGAGACCCCUCUCCCGGGCAGUCCAGCAGGUAGAGACGAAUCCCCCAUCCCCCCUACUACCUCCUACAAAUGGGAUCCAGAUAAUUUUGAGAGCAUUGACCCAUUCAAUACUGGAGGAAGUAAAGUUGCCAAUUCCCCCGUUCUUGGUCGUAAAGGUCCUGUGUGUGCUCCUAUAGCCCCCCCCCCAGAGAGUCCCUCUGUGUCUGCUGUGGAGCCGUCCCCACCAGCUCCUCUUGAAAAGUCGAUCACAAACCCUGAAGAGCAACCCAUCGUCCCCAACCGUCAGUCAGUAAGGCUGGAGUUUGACUACUCUGAGGAGGGCUGUGAGGCGACCCCUCCCCCGCCUAAGAAAUUGGGCAAGAAGCCUGGUGGGAAGAUGCCUCUGAGGAAACCAAGGCUGGGGCUGAAGAAAGCCCCUCCGGUUAAGACGGAGCAGCUGGACAACGAUCUUACAGCAACACACAAUGGCAACGAGGAGGAUAUCCCUGUUCCUGCAGUCUCUUACAAGUUUGACUCUGACAAGUGGGAAGAUCCCAACUUCAACCCAUUUACUACUAAGAAAGGCAUCCCCAACUCACCCAAACUAUCAAGACCCUCCUUUGACUCCAAUAACUUUGAUGACUCUGUAGACCCUUUCAAAUCGUCCAAUAAGAUGGCCGACUCCCCUCCUACGGCCUCCGCCUCCUUUGAACUGUCAUCCAAUGACUUUGACAAUGAAAUUGACAAUGACAACAUUGGGGAACUGGAGGACCAAAAUCUGAACAAACCUGCCAAGAAGAAGAAAACUCCUAUCAAAUCUAACACUUUCAGAGUGAAGAGGUCGCCAAAGAAAUCCUCAUCUGACCCAUCCGAGGAUCCUACACCAGAUGAAACUCCCUCCCUCCACCCACAGGACGACCACGCCACAGAUGAGGAGAAGCUGGCUUCCUCCACUAGUCAUAAGUGGGCAGCCCUACACAACGUGGAUGCAGAUUUGAAUUCUGAGCAGCAAGACUUCCCUCAGCCGAGCGACCUUUCGUCCUUUGUUAAUGAAAACAGUCUUCCUGAUCAGACUCCAGUGCAAGACUAUGAGAUUGAGUAUAUGGAGAAGCUUGGCUCCGCUUCGCCUCCACUGUCUGUGAAGAAGCCGUCUUUGUACCUGAAGUUAGACUCCGUUUCUGACAAUUUACCCAAGAAUAAGUGCGCAAAUGGAUCUGAACCCAGCUCCCCCUGCACUGGCAGUUUUGAGGAGAUGGAGGCCCAGAUAACAGCGGGUAUGAAGACACCGGUGCUGAGCUCCCGGCCUGGUCCCGAGGGCUCUGCUGGGGAAAAGGGCAGAAAGAGAGAGAACAAGGCGCUCAGCCGAACACAAAGCACAGAGAGGGAUGAGCAGCCCCUUAGCCUGGGCCCUGUGGAGGCCCCUGCUCCUGUCCUGCCCAUGCCCCUGUUAGACAGGCUGUCUGAGUGUGACGACCUCCUGCAGUACCUGGAGCCCGACCUGGCUGAAACCAACCCGACAGCAUUCGCUCAAAAACUACAGCACAGAGACAUCUCGUCUGCGGUAGAUAGCGGUGUGUCCAAGGACUCGCUGUACACCAGGACCAGCACCAACUACAUCGAGGGGGAGAGUCCCCACCUCCCCAAAGAACUGGACCACUCGCUGGGAAUUGCACGAGAAGAGAUUGUGACAAAGGAGAAAGAAGUGCUGGAGUGGCAUAGAAAGUAUGAAGACAGCCGACAGGAAGUGAUGGAGAUGAGGAGGAUUGUUGCUGAGUAUGAGAAGACGAUUGCACAGAUGAUAGAGGAUGACCAGAAAGAGAAAUCUCUGUCCCACCACACCAUCCAGCAGCUGAUCAUGGAGAAGGACCAGGCCUUGUCCGACCUCAACUCUGUGGAAAAGUCUCUUGCCGACCUCUUCAGACGUUACGAGAAAAUGAAAGAUGUACUGGAGGGCUUCCGCAAGAAUGAGGAGAUUCUCAAGAAAUGUGCUCAGGAGUAUCUGUGCAGGGUCCGCAAGGAGGAGCAGCGCUAUCAAGCCCUGAAGAUUCAUGCAGAGGAGAAACUAGACAGGGCGAAUUCUGACAUAGCUCAUGUACGUGCCAAGGCCAUGCAGGAGCAGGCUGCCCACCAGGCCAGUCUGAGGAAGGAGCAGAUGAAGGUGGACUCCCUGGAGCGCACCUUGGAGCAAAAGAACAAAGAGAUCGAGGAGUUAACAAAGAUCUGCGAUGAGCUGAUCUCCAAGAUGGGGAGGAGUUAGCGACCACAUCGCCAAAUCCCACAGAGAAGAAGAGCAGUUGUGGGAAAUAAACGACUUGGAAAAUGAAGCUGAUCCGUUGUUUUUACAACUCUUACCAAGGACUGAUGGACAUUAAGGCUAAAACGGCCAAAAGGGUUCAGUUCCUACUGAUGUUGUGUAUACAGGAUCCACAGGAAUGGCGUUCUCCUUAUCACUCUGUACAUUUUGAUGUGUCGGUGUAUCGUUCUGUAUCAGGGGUCUGGUUUCAAGAAUAUGUAACAUAUCACUUAUGAGCGUGUCUGUGCGUGUGAGUGCGUGUAUGAUAAUGAGAAAGAAAGAUCAUUGUUUGUGAUUUAAAUUAUCUAUAAUGAUGUUGCCAUGACAGCCACUGAGGGAGAAGACUGUUUACCCAUUCCUGUUGUUGUCUCCUCUUGAUAAGAGAGAAAGAUAGACUUUGAAAAACAGAUUUAGAUUCAUUUAUAAAAUGUUGAUACACCACCAAGAGAAAACAAACUAUCCCAAUAGCUUACUGCAUGUGGGAGAGAACCUGUAUUGUUAUGUUUGUAUAUAUUGUAGGAAAUUCCAAAUAUAAAAAAAGAUUCUUCUGCAUUUUUGAUAGUUAUUCUGUCAUCCUCGGCCCACUCUCCUCAUGUCACCUUGUAGAUAUUUGUCAUACUUGUAAUAGCUUCCUUGACUAUUUUUUGGGAUUUUAUUUUGAUAUAAAGCAAACUAAUCGUGACCUUAUUAAGUUGUGAGCAGGAGUCAUUUAAUUUUUUUAUGGAUAUGUCCUAGUUCUGCUACGGUCGUUUUGUCACACUGAGGAGUAACUUCUGCACAGCUGCUGUACAGCAUCUGCUUACAAAGUGCAAUAAAAGAUGGCAAUACAGCA